UCGCCGGCUCACCAUCGCCAUCAUCCAGCCAGUGUUACCUUUGACGGUCGAAUGCGCGGUCGUUCGCCGUCGUAGCCAGUGACGUCGGUGUCGACACUCGUGCAACACGUCUAUGAUGUUUCGGUGACUUCAAAGUCGGACUCGUGAGUGAACGAUAACUUAUUGGCUAUCGAAUGCUGGAACACAGUGACAAGUUUUGAUCUCAUUACUCCCUGGAUUUGGAUUUUGAUGAGUUGUGAUAAGUGACUAUUUGGAUUUUUGAGCAAACAGUGAAGUGGAUCACCAAAAAAGGAUUUAUUCUAAGUGUCAACAUUGGAUUAUGAAUUAAAUAUUUCUGCAGUGAAUUCAAGAACUGUGUUACGUGAAAGUGGCAUUCAAGGGGUGCCUUGGAACGGCAGGACGGCGAACUCCAAUAGUACGGCUGGGUACGCGGGCUCUAUCAUCACCUACGGGGGAGCACAAGCUCCCGAUAGUGGAAAACACAACCCAUUGCAAGGGACCAUAGGAUACAGAGUCAACACCCCUAGCGGCUAUGGGUGCGCCGGCGGUUCGGGCGCGAUGAGCGGCGGGGGCGAGAACGCGCAGUUCGGCGCCACCGCCGCAAUGGUCGCCGCGGCCACCACGGCCGCGAUGCAGGACUCGCAGCCAUUUUCGCAGAUGCAAAGUAACAUGACUAUGGGAAAUCCCCAAUAUGGUGCGAUGAACGGCUAUGCUCAACAACGCAGUCAUAACCCAGCCAUGACUGGGAUGGGGAUGGGUGGCAACAGCGGGAUGAAUGGGAUGACCGGAAUGGGGCAAAUGGGAAAUGCUGGUAUGAACGGUAUGAACCCUAUGGCUCAGAUGGCUAACAUGGGUAUGCACGCAAACAUGAUGCCAUCCCAAAUGGGGCCUGGACAAAUGAGCAGCUCGGCAAAAAUGGGGCCGGGAUACCAGAGGCGGCAUACGCCGUAUCCGUCCGGUACUAUGCUGAUGGGCCAGCGGAAGACGCAGUACAUGAGUGGGCAGCCCAAUUUUGGACCGACUCAGUACCCAGCGGGGUAUGGUGGUAGGCCGGGCUUCCAAGGGCAGUACCCUCCACAGCAACCGUUGGGACCUAGCGGAAAUUUCGGUGCAGCAAUGAGAGGAACGAUGAGGCAGUCAACGCCACCUUACUCGAAUCAGGGGCAAUAUUUCAAUGGUAACGUGCCAAACCAGUUCCCGCAGCACCAGAGCAGUAACGCGCAGUACGGUGGACAGUACGGAGGUCAGUUCGCGCAGGAAGUUGCAAUGCGCACUAACAUGAGCUACCAGCACAGUCCGGUUCCUGGAAAUCCGACGCCACCCCUAACGCCUGCCAGCAGUAUGCCUCCAUACAUCAGCCCUAAUGGCGAUGUGAAACCUCACUUCAACGAGAUGAAACCUUCUAUGGGCAUGCAAAAUGACGAGCUCCGGUUAACAUUCCCCGUAAGAGAUGGUAUUAUACUACCACCAUUUAGAUUAGAACAUAAUUUAGCUGUUAGCAAUCAUGUAUUUCAAUUAAAGCCCACGGUCCAUUCGACGUUAAUAUGGAGAUCGGACCUUGAGCUACAAUUAAAAUGCUUCCACCACGAAGAUAGGCAGAUGAACACAAACUGGCCAGCAAGUGUUCAAGUGUCGGUCAACGCGACUCCAUUAGUAAUAGAUAGAGGAGAGAACAAAACAUCACACAAACCAUUGUACCUGAAAGAAGUGUGCCAGCCAGGCAGAAACACGAUACAGAUCACCGUUUCAGCCUGUUGCUGUUCGCAUCUGUUUGUAUUACAAUUAGUUCACCGGCCGAGCGUACGAAGUGUGCUGCAAGGCCUAUUAAGAAAACGCCUACUAACAGCAGACCACUGUAUCGCGAAAAUCAAAAUGAACUUCAACCAAACGCCGACGAACGGUAGCAAUGGAUCUAACACUGCCAAUGACAGGGACAGUGUUGAACAAAUAGCUUUAAAAGUAUCAUUAAAAUGUCCAAUUACGUGUAAGAAGAUCACCUUACCAGCACGUGGACACGAGUGCAAACACAUACAGUGUUUCGAUUUGGAAUCGUAUCUACAACUAAACUGUGAACGGGGGUCAUGGCGAUGUCCAGUCUGCAAUAAACCAGCACAAUUAGAAGGGUUAGAAGUCGACCAAUACAUGUGGGGCAUCCUCAACACAUUAAACAGUUCAGAUGUAGACGAAGUGACAAUCGACAGUGGCGCCAACUGGAAAGCUACUAAAACAACUAACAAUACUGGGAUUAAGCAAGAAGAAGAUAGCAGUGAUGGUAGCUUAGGAAAGCGUAGUAAAGCAGUAUCACCGGGUUCUAUGAACAUGCCAACAAUGAACAAUUGGGAUAUGAACCAGGCACUAUCGCCAUACCUUCCUCCUGACAUGAACACAAUAGCCAGUGGCUCAAUGAUCUCUUCUUAUAACCAAAACGGUCAGAACAGAAAUUCAAGUUCGAACAAUCAGAAUUACGAUUUUGGUAUGAACAAUGGGCCUGGCAGUAACGAGUUCGCUGGAAACGGACCUCUGUCCCAUCUAAAUGAGAGUGUAAACUCAUUAGAUCCACUGAACGCGAUGGAGAAGAGUCUUAACGAUCAGAUGCCGCAUACCCCGCACACGCCGCACACGCCGGGCUCAGCGCACACACCGGGCGGUGGCGGCGCACACACGCCGGGCUCCUCGCACACGCCGGGCCCGCCUUCCGUGGACCACCACUCCCUCACCGAUGUCGACAUUCCCGCCGACCUCAAUUUCGAUCCCGCCGCCGUCAUAGAUGGAGAAGGGACAGAUAAUCUCAAUUUAUUGCCGGAGACAAGUGUGGACCCGAUGGAGCUAUUGUCGUAUCUAGACGCACCUGCACUAGGUGAGCUACUAGCGACGCCGCCGUCGUCAUCAUCGUCGGCGGGCAGCCAUCCACCGCGUGCGCCUUCCUCCGACGACCUCCUGGCGCUGUUUGAAUGAACAGACGGUGACCUGCAGUAUUCGUAGACGGGAUGACAUACAGGAUUGUCAAUUAAAAUCAACACUGCAAAGGAAACUGAAGAUCUCGAUAUGUACUUAACAGAAAAUAUUCUGCCUGUUUAGUGGAAUACCAACAGAAAACUUGCUGAUGUCUAUAACCGUCUACGUAAUACUUGUUACAAAGAGAUUCGUUCGUCUGAAAGUAAAACUAAGCGUUUGUUCAACUCGCAAUCAAGCAAGCCAGAAGCCCGAUAUUGUGAUAUUAGAUUUUAGUUCCUUCUCCACGUGUCACUGGGUUCAAUACAGCGGAGCGUCCGAACAGUAGAUGUCUUCAGAAUCUCUGUCACCUUGUAAAGGUGUUAUCGUCUAGUAGAAGUUCCGAUCGUACUGUUGUUUUGAAUACAGUGGCACACAGAGGCAUCGAUUGUUCAAACAAUGAUGUUGGAGAACAUUUAUUAGGUAUAUAAGUAAAGUAUUGGAGGCAACGGCCAUAGACACUGCGGUGUUGUGCAUGUAUAGUUCCUCGCACCGCCGCACACACGGUGGCGCUACUGAGCUCCUUUAACAUUCUAAACUCUAGCAUAAACUGUAACACAAAUUUUCAUAAAUAAUUCUACUUCUUAUUCGAUAUUACUGUAAUCGAUUACAGUUUUUGAUUUGUGUCCAUAAUUUGUGAUUAGUUCACCGGGUGUAAAUAAUAAAGAGGAGUUAUUUUAUUUGUGCUAGUUGUUUUGUGUACUGUGGACGGGGCCGGGCGGCUCUUUGUACGUAUAGGUUAGCGCGAGCGGCUGGCCCGUCCGGAGGCAUUGUGAAUCUUAUAGUUCCUAUUGGAUGCGAGCGAACUAUAAUGUUCAAUUGCCAUUUACUGUAAACAUAUUCCUUCAAGUUUUCGCAUAUUCUGCAUUUUUAAAUGGUAAGAUAUGAUAGGAUUCGUGAGUAUAACGCUACUCGCUUUUGGGUGAUAUAUUCUAAAUGAGUUGUUUGAAUAAACAAAUAAAUGGUAACAAAUUAGUUACAAAGUAUAUUGUAAAUGUGAGUGCAAAAAUGAACUCUGUUAAAUUAUUUUGCGUUAUGUGAAUCGAAGAAUGAUAGAAAUAUAUUUUAAUUUCUAUAUAAAUAGUAAUGAACUGUAUUAUUUGUAAAUAUGAAUCUAGAUAAGAAUAUUAUAUUACCUAGUUAUAUACAGGAGAAGAACAUGGCAGAUACUUAUAUGAUGGCCAGUUUAGUAUAGUAUUACUAAAUUAAAGAAAAUCUACACAUGGUUUUACAUGUACAUACAAAAUUACCAUACCUAUUAUACAAGCCUACACGUUUAGAGCUCAGUACAGUAAGCUUACAACUACUUUUUUAAUAGUCAAAUAUUAUAGAUCUAUUUGAAAUACAAGAACAUUUAAUACUUAUUUAUUAUUUAAUUUAAAUUUAACUAGUCUCUUCAUAUUUCAUUGAUUUGUAGGCAAAAAGUUCCUAUUUCUAUAGAAACUAAUCUUCUCUAUGAUUAUAUUAUUUUUCAUUAUUAUAUUUUAGCCUUUUUAUACUUGAAUUGAUAUUCUGUAAUAAGACGCAAUAGUUUCGGUAUGAGUUUGAAAAUAAUUACCAUUAAUUAAUUAACUAAAUCAAGUUGAGUCUACUGUGUCUGUGCUCUAAAACGUUCCUCUAUUUACAAGUGCAAACCGCCAAUCUAAACAAACAUACAUAGAAGAAUACAUAUUAUAUAUACAUAUGUUACAUCUGUGCUCAUCUUAAUUUUGUUUCGUUUUGCCCACCUCAGAAUCACGUAAAGCAAUAAUAAUGAAGUGCUGAUAAAUAAAUUUUAUUUAAAUAAAUAGAGUUAAUAUGUAUAUGUAUACAUUGUUUUAAAAUAUUUAUACAUUUAAUACAUAAGAAUUGAAAUUGCGAUGAGCAUCGAAUUGACAAAAUCUUAUUUCACGUAUUUUCAAAUGUUUGGUUCCAAUUUUAAAAUUUUUCGAGUAAUGUUGCGCAAGCAAAAUCAAUCACAUUAUUUUGUUUUUUUUAUUAACUUGUUUAAUUUUUAUUAUCUGUAUAAUUAGAGUAACGCGCAGCGCAAAUUGUCAACGUUUUUCUUUCUAGAUGGAAUUAAGUUCCCGUAAAAUAUGACAAUCACAAACUCAUUUAGACCUUGUAAAACUUUCAAACAUAAUUUACGGUUAAUAAAAAUUAAUAACAGUUUAUAAAAAUAUCUCUAACUUAGAGUUGUAUGUAAAACUGUCGAUUCUUUCACUAUCUUAUGUAAAUUGAUGAUUUGCGCAUCUUUACUUCAUGCUAUGAAUAUGGACGCCUCUUUAGAGUUAGUCAAACUAUUACGGAAAACAAUAAAAUUAGUAUUAUACAAAGCCGUGGUCAAUUAUUCAAACAAAUUAUAAAUUAUUUACGAAUCGUUGUCAAAUGUUUUGUUGUCGUCCGUUCGUGGUUGAUGAUUGUGUGUCUAGUUGAUCACAGCUUUAGCAUAAAUUACAUAAUUUUAAGGGACCUUCAAUUCCAGUUAGCUAGAUCUAUUUAUUGUAGUGGAAAUUGCUAUUGGAUGGAUCAUCGCAACGAUUUUUGUAAGACCAAAUAGUAAUUUUUUACAUGUUUACCUAAUUUAGGUAAUUUAAAGGAGUAAUGAAUUUGUUUAUAUAAAAUUGAAAAUAUCACAAAAAAUUUAUAGCAUAUCACGUUAAAAAAAAAUGACAAAAAUCGAAUCGAAUGAUGCAUCCAAGUGAGUAAAUGAUUACAAUAUUAUUAUAUAUUUUGUUGAAUAUUAUAAUGAACUGCUGUGAAGUAGAUUUUGUGCUCGUACAAAUAUAAGCAGCAUUUGGAAAUAAGUGAAAAAGAAUUCUAAAUAAGGUAACAUGCGACCCAUGACUCUGAAGUUUAAAAAGCCAAACUGUACUGUAGCGUAUUGAACAUUAUGUGAAAAGUUUAGCAACCAGGUUGGUACUCAAUGAAUUCAUUUCGAAAUGUGUAAAAUGAAAAAAACAUAACAUUUUUAUGUUAUUGAAAAUAAAAUAAAUCUAAAAAUUAUAA